AGAGAGAGAGAGAUGGGACUCACCGGCCUGCAGUCAUGCAUUAUUGAUAAUAACAGCCGUGCCUCUUUAACUGGCUUUGCUCUACGACACUUGAGGGUGCGUGCAUGAACAUGCCUGCAAGCGGGUGUGUGUGCGUGUGAGUGUGUGUUGAGGGAGGGAAACAGGCAGAGAGAGAGAGAGAGAGAGAGAGAACCAACGCCAGCAUCUUUCAUUCCCUGCACUCUGGAUAACCAUCUCUUGAUUUUUGCUGGGGGGGGGGGAGAGGAGGAGAGAAAAGAAGGGGACGCCUAUUUUCCCAUCGCUGCCACCUCUUCUGCAGCUCCAUUCAUCCUGAUCUGGUGGGAUGCUUCUCCCCGAGUAUUCCCCCCCCCCCAGGUUGUUGUUGUUAGUAUUAUUCUCUCUCUCCCCCCUCCCUCUGUCUCCCAUCUCCAUUUCUGAAAACAACAGAGACCAGCCGUGGAUUCUCCUCUGAGCAGGCUGGAAGCAGGAGGUUUGUGCGCUGGAGGAGAGGGGAGAAGGAAGAAGGUUCCCUGGCUGAGGUUCUCCAUCAGGCUGGAUUGGAAAACAAGGGAGAUUUCGACUCCUCUUUGCUGUCCCCCCCACCACCACCUCUGGCAUCCCUCCAUCCGGUCCCUGAUGCUUCUCUUCUUUACAUGAAAAGGCCGUCGGUGUGCGGAAGGCAUGGCAUGAGCUAAAACGACUCUCCUGGAGAGUGACCUUGGAAGAUGUCGAACCAGAGUAACGGUGAUACGAAACCUCCAUGUUUACCCCGGAACGGACUUGUGAAGAUUCCCGCCCAGGCCAAUGGACUCGGCUCUGCCAGCAUCACCAAAGGGACCCCAGCGAUGAAAAACCGCUUGUGCCAGCCUUCAUCUGUGCCUGCUCUCAUCGGUCCAGCCUUAGCAAAUCACAGCGACCUGCCCAUCCCCGGCCUGGCACCGCCCUUGUCCUUGGCGGCUCUGGCCGGGGUGCCAUCUCCUUCUGGAGCUGCCAUGGUGGGACUGAACUCCAGCGAGGCUUCCCCAACAAACGGGGAGGUCACUUCCCUCGAAGGCCUCUCCGGUUCCCCCAGUGAACGGCAGCUGGCUGUGGACGAGAAGAUCCUCAACCGCUUGUUUACGUACUUUUCCGCCUGCGAGAAGUGUGUCCUGGCCCAGGUCUGCAAGGCAUGGAGGAGGGUCUUGUACCAGCCCAAGUUCUGGGUGGGCCUGACGCCGGUGCUACACACCAAAGAGCUUUACAACGUCCUGCCCAGUGGAGACAAGGAGUUUGUCAACCUCCAGGGUUUUGCUAUCAGGGGUUUUGAGGGGUUUUGCCUGGUUGGCGUCUCCGACCUGGACAUUUGUGAGUUCAUCGAUAACUAUCCUCUGUCCAAGAAAGGGGUGAAAUCCAUGAGCCUUAAGAGAUCGACCAUCACAGACGCAGGCCUUGAGGUCAUGCUGGAACAGAUGCAAGGGGUGUUGCGGCUGGAACUGUCCGGGUGUAAUGAUUUCACCGAAGCUGGCCUCUGGUCGAGCCUGAAUGCCCGCAUCACUUCCCUGAGCGUCAGCGACUGCAUCAACGUGGCCGACGACGCCAUUGCCGCCAUCUCCCAGCUGCUGCCCAACUUGACCGAGCUGAAUCUCCAAGCCUAUCAUGUGACGGACACGGCCCUAGCCUACUUCACUGCCAAGCAGGGUUACACAACCCACACCCUCCGCCUGAACUCCUGCUGGGAGAUCACAAACCACGGGGUGGUCAACAUGGUGCACAGCCUCCCUAACCUGAGUGUCCUCAGCCUCUCUGGCUGCUCUAAGGUGACGGACGAUGGCGUGGAGCUGGUGGCAGAGAACCUCCGCAAACUCCGAAGCUUGGACCUGUCAUGGUGUCCUCGGAUCACAGACAUGGCCUUGGAGUACAUUGCCUGUGACCUGCACAAGCUGGAGGAGCUGGUCCUUGAUAGGUGUGUGCGGAUCACAGAUACCGGGCUCAGUUACUUGUCCACCAUGUCAUCUCUUAGGAACUUAUACCUCCGUUGGUGCUGCCAGGUUCAAGAUUUUGGCCUGAAGCAUCUGCUGGGAAUGAGAAGUUUACGCCUCUUGUCUGUUGCUGGCUGUCCUCUCCUGACCACAACUGGGCUCUCGGGCCUCGUCCAGCUUCAAGACUUAGAAGAACUCGAGUUGACAAAUUGUCCAGGGGCCACUCCAGAGCUUUUCAAAUAUUUUUCCCAACACUUGCCCCGUUGCAUGGUGAUCGAGUAAGCCGCUCCCUGGAAGAAUCUGACCAUCGUCUGGAGCCAGGUCCUCCAAUCCCAACCCAGCACUGACCAACCAAUCAGAGUCAUGGUUUUAUUUAUUCAUUUAAUAUAUCUAUAUAUAUAUAUUUUCUUUUCCGGGAGAGAUGCUGUGACUUAUAAACCACACAUGCACUCACAUGUACACUGAGCGAGAGAGAGAGAUCAACGCAACGUGUGGCAAAUCAUAAGCCAAGAGUUAGAUCGUGCGUACCAAUGACCAGCGCACUUUGCAUGUGCGUCCACGUCCCAUGAAGCCGUGGCAGUGGCAACUUGGAAGAAAUCCCUCCUCAAGUUUGUAAAAUCCCCAUGCCUCCAUCACCUCCCGUCUUCCUUGUAGUGAUCUGUCCUGAAAUCUUAAUUUUUGAAAAAAAUGAUGCUUAAAAAAACACACAAAAAAAUCACAAAUGAAAAACAAACAAACAAAGUGGUAUAAUGGAAAGAAACAAGAAACCGCUGUGGCAGAUUGGCAAGUUGGUGGCAAAAGCUGCUGCCGCUCAGUGCUGGAUGAAAAGUGGUUUCCGGCCAAGUGCUGGUGGGUAGAGGUUCGCCUGUGUCCCCCCCCCCUGCCCGGUCUUGGGUGGGUUGUAAUGCAAGAAUAAGGGGAGAGAGACCCCCUUGAUGGCCUUCCCAGGUAUGGAUUCUGGGUGGCCGAGCCUUCGGUUGAAACAGUCGGCGUCGUUCGAGGUAGAGGUGGAAAGCUGAAGAAAAGAGAUAGAGGAAAGUCGGUUAAGGAUGAAUAAUGGAGCGAUUACGGAUGCGUGUUGGGUUCCACCUCUGGAUUCCAAGAAUGGGACGCUGCAAUGAAGUGUUUAUAGGAGGAGACAAGGGAGGGAAGAAAAUGAUAGAAUAAGCAAACCGAUCAACGCUGUGAGAGAAAGCCUUGGCGCUUGUCCCCGUGACUCUUGGGAGACCGGGGUGGAUGGGUGCUCCCACAGGCAAAAGCUGGUGUGUUGACUGUAAGUCAUCUUCACAUGAAGAGAGCAAACCAAGGAGCAAAUGUUUCCCAGGAAAUGGAUUUAACAAACAGUCAUCUGAACAAUCCUGGCUGACCCUAAGGUCAUGCCAUGCUUGGCAGACAGCCAUCUGCCUCCCUCUGGGUUUUUUAAAAAAAUUAUUAUUAUUAUUAUUUUGCUAAUGAUGAAGGGUUUUUUCUCCUUCUUCUUCUUCUCUUCUUCCUCUCUUCGGAACAAACCCGCAGCUUUUGCAUGCUCGCUUGCUUCCGUCUUGUGGUAAGGUAGACUCUGGAUUUUGCUUCGCCUUGGGCAGGGCUGUGGGUAGCAGCCUUGACCCCGGGCUCGGCUUGUCUGUUCCAGUGUAAAGCUGGCGUGGCUUUGUAUUUCCAUCCACGUUCCAUUUACUGAUGCACAGGGAUUUUUCAGCUGUGUCUUCUGCUUCCGCCCAGAGGAGAUGGAGGCAUCUCCUUCCCUGAACCUCCCGCAAACCACCCCCUUACACACCAGUUCCCUCCUUACGCAACCCUGCCAACCGAAGUGGGCAAUGCGGAGUAGGGAUGAGGGAGAGAUUCGAUUCAGUUUGUGUUCGAAUACGGAUCUACCUAAUCCACACUUUCUGUAAUGAUACGCAAACCAAAACUACGGCCCUCCUUCGCACUUCUCUGAAUUUUGCAAUGCAGUUCCGCAGCCAAGUAAAUGCGCAAAUUAAAUAUGCAUAUACUGGGGUGAAGAGUGCAUAACAAUGCAUUUGUUAGUGAAAAUAACUAGGGAAAUUCAUUAGAGCAAGGGAAACUGCUUUGCAAAAAAAAA